AUGUUAUUACGAUUCGAAUCAAAAUGGGGACAAUUUCGGCUGAAUGUCGAGCCUAGCCAACAGUUCUCCUCUCUCACUAGCAAAAUCCUUGACAACCUCCCUCCCAACACUGAUGCCUCCUCCAUAAUCCUAAGCAAUAAACCUGUCAGCUCAAAACCAGAUCCUGGGCGAGAGAGGCGGUUGGUUGAUCUUCCAGGCAUUGAGUUGCAACAAGUUGGGUUGAAACAUGGCGACAAGCUAUUCAUUGGAUACUCCGAGCUUGAGAACUUGUCCAACGGUCACACAAACGGCGAUGUCUCUUCCGCACCUCGAAGACUUAAUGGAACGAUCGCCCUCCCGGAACCCAGUGCUCCUGCGACUGCACCGACGGUUACCUCGCCAACAUUAAUACGGAAUCCCUGGGAAGUCGUAAAACAGUCUGCCCUCGAUGACCGAUUAGACAAAAAAGAUGGGAAGAUAUCACGACCGCGAGAUCAAAAAAUGUGUCGGCACGGUGCGAAAGGCAUGUGUGACUAUUGCCAGCCUUUGGAACCAUAUGACAAGAAAUAUCUGGAUGAGAAGAAAAUCAAACAUCUCUCCUUUCACGGCUAUCUGCGCAAAAUCAACACUGCCACCAACAAGCCGGAAUUGAAAAGCUCCUAUAUGCCCCCACUGACAGAGCCUUAUUACCGAGUGAAGAAAAACUGUCCCUCUGGUCACCCUCCCUGGCCCGAAGGUAUAUGUACAAAAUGCCAGCCCAGCGCCAUUACACUCCAGCCACAGGAAUUCCGCAUGGUUGAUCACGUCGAAUUUGCUUCGGCUGACAUGGUGGACAAAUUGAUCGAUUUCUGGCGAAAGUCCGGCAGCCAACGUCUAGGAUAUCUGUAUGGUCGAUACGAAGAGUAUACAGAAGUUCCUCUAGGUGUGAAAGCCGUGGUUGAAGCUAUUUAUGAGCCUCCUCAAGUGUGCGAAGUUGAUGGGCUCACUUUACUAGAGUGGACAAAUGAGAAAGACGUGGACGAGGUGGCAAUGUUGUGCGGACUUGAACGUGUUGGCGUCAUUUUUACGGAUCUGAUGCCCCCAGAAGACGAAGAAGGGCAGGCGGUUUGCAAACGACACAUCGACUCUUAUUUCCUAUCCUCUCUUGAAAUUGCAUUUGCAGCACGACUUCAGGCCCAAUAUCCUAAGCCGUCAAAAUGGAGCGACACGGGAAGAUUUGGUUCGAAUUUCGUGACCUGUGUGGUUACCGGAGACGAAGAUGAAACGAUUACCAUCAACGCUUAUCAAGCCUCCAACGCAGCCGUGGAAAUGGUUCGAGCGGACAUUGUGGAGCCUUCCGCCGAUCCCACUGUGAUGCUGGUGCAAUCUGGACACGACGAAGGCACAGGAACAAGGAGUCGUUACAUCCCCGAGGUGUUCUAUCGCCGGAUCAACGAAUAUGGCGCAGACGUACAGGAAAAUGCGAAUCCUGAAUUCCCCGUGGAAUAUUUGUUGGUGUCACUGACAGCUGGAAUGCCCAUCAAACCAAAUCCUCUCUUCAGAAAUGGCAAGUUCCCCAUUGAGAACAGGGAAGCAGUGGCGGAAGGACAAGACCCUAGAGACGUGGCCAAACAACUCCGUUCGUCACCAUCAGUGGGGUCAGUCUCGGACUUCCACUUGUUAUGCUUCCUGCACAAGAUGGAGGUAUUCAGCCAGGAAGAAGAACGGCUUCUGUGCAAUGUUGCGACCAAGCGGGACCAAGUCGACGCAAUUCAUCUGACGGAUUCUUCGGGAUGGGGAACAUUGAUGGCGAUACUCGAAUCAUACGGUGAGCGGCCCCUGAAACGUCCAUGGCCCUUGGAAACGGAGGACGAAUCAUUCAAUCCCGGCAGUCCAUCAGAAAAUCUGGCUAAGCGAUUCAAACAGGCGGCUAGCCUCGAGCGCUGGGAGUAA